GCCACUCAUAUAUACACUUCUCCGCUGCCCACCCAUCGACCUCAUCACCUCUCCGCCCAGACACCCCGUUGCACCACCGCCCCUUCACACGCCCGCCGCCGUCGUCCACCGCCCACCCGCCGAGCUCCCGACCAGCAUCACACCCACACCCACACACAAUGGCGGAAACUAGUGCCCAACAGGAAUAUCCGAACCUGAACCCAUACACCGACGCCGACGCCGACAGUAUGAAUGCCAAUGGCGCUCCCGCACCCGCGCCUGCCCUCUCGAACGGCCCAUCUGCCUCCGAGCAGGGCAAGAGCGCCGUGAGCAGUGCCCAGCAGACCGCCGCUGCCACUGCAAACGACAUCAAGAACUCGCAGGUAGUGCAGGAUCUCGCCAACGGUCCCGUCGCCCAAAAGGCCGCCAACGAGGCCGCUGCUACCAAGAAUGAGUUUGGAAAUCUUGCCGCAUCGCGCCAGACGCCAUCAGUCCAGACCGCUACAGGUCAGAAUUUGACCCACUACCACUCCUUCUUCUACAACCUCCUCUCGUGGGAGAACCCGCGUGCGACCGCCGUCAGCUAUGCGACUAUUGUCCUGUCCAUCCUCGUUUUCCGAUACGCGCCAGUUGCCAAAUAUCUUUUCAAGGCUCUCUACAUCGUGCUGGGAAUCACUGCAGCGGCCGAGAUGGCUGGAAAGACACUGUUGAACCAAGGUGUGGCCACUAAGCUGAGACCAAAGAAGUACUACGUCGUUCCACAGGAGACCCUCGAGAGCAUCAUAGUAGACGUGGUGGAGCUCGUCAAUUUUUUUGUGAUCGAAUUUCAGCGCGUUGUAUUCGCCGAAAACGUCUACGCAACGAUUGCUGCCUUUGCAAGCGCAUUCCUGUCCUACUGGUUGAUCAAGGUCAUGCCCAGCUGGGGUCUGUUCCUCUUCUUCACCACCGUCAUCUACUUCGCACCACUCGUCUACAUCACCAACCAGGAGCUCAUCGACGAGCAGCUAGGAAACGCCCAGAAGAUCGUUUCGGAGCAAACAGAGCAAGUCCGCUCGUUGGCGGCCGAGAACGCCAACAAGGCAUGGCAGGCUACCCAGAGCGCGACCAGAGAGUACAGCGCAAAGGCAUCGGAGGCAUUUGGUCAGGCCAGCGGAAAGACACAGCAGGCACUGGGACAGGCCAGUGCAAAGACACAAGAGGCAAUGGGACAGGCCAGCGCAAAGACUCAAGAGACGGUCGCUCAGACCAAGCAAGCUGCUGUGGAGAAGAGCCAGGAGACAGCCGAGAAGGCGACACCAAGUCAGGCGACUGCUGACCAGGUGACACCGCAGACCGUCGUCAGCAAUGCUGACUUCCCUACGGCACCCAAGCAGGAGCCAGUAGUCACUGAGAUGGUUGACCCUACCGCUGAGCUUGCUACGGAGUCUCACGCCGAGGGUAACAAGGAGCCAGUUGCCGCUUUUGGUCCAUGAAAGUCGACUCUACCUGAGGCUGGAUUUUCUGAAACCACACACUCUGAACGGACGGCUUGAGAUGAGCUGUCAAGUAUGAUGACGCUACUACCUACGCCUUCAGACCGACCUAUGCACGGGCAUUUCGCGUUUCCAAUCGUAUUGGCAUGGCGUUCAGGCGAACGAUGGGGGUCUGUACUACUAUUGAUGUGCAUGCCACCGGAGGAAGCACGGGCGAGCGGUACACAUGAUCCUAUUAUAGUAUGACCACUGACAUGUUCCAUGUCUGAUAUCAAGCGCGCGAUCUUUGUACUUUUGCUCCAUUUCUCUCCAGUCACACUCUUUGACACAUCAAUGCAACUCGGGUGAAUGGC